AGUCCAAAACCGAAGCUUAAAUAUAUUGCCGUCAGCAAGUCCACAUGCGCUGCAUGCAUCAACCGAUCUCCUCCUAUAAAUGCCCGAUUCAGCUGCCGUGGGUUACCACAGAAGCAGCGGCGAGCUCGUGAGGAAGGAUCUGAUCAGCCAUGGCAGGUCUCAAGUGCUCUGCUUCGCUUGCUCUGUUCCUCGCCCUGAGCCUUGUCUCCUUCAGCCUCAUUGCUGCGUGCACUGACAACUGCGACAUCAAGAAGCCUCCACCGCCUCCGGCAGUGGGGACAUGCCCGAUGGACACCCUCAAGCUGGGGGUCUGCACCGACGUGCUCGAGGGCUUGCUGAAUGUGACGCUGGGGAAGCCGUGCUGCGGGUUGCUGAGGAGGCUGGUGGACCUGGAGGCGGCGGUCUGCCUGUGCACCGCGCUGAGGGCGAAUGUGCUAGGGAUCCGGCUCAACCUGCCGGUCAGCCUUAGCUUGCUUCUCAACUACUGCGGCAAGAAGGUGCCCGCCGGCUUCAUUUGCAAGUGAAGGGACUCGCCGGUCGCUGGAAGACGGCAGUGCAGUCCCUGCUGCACGAUGUAGCUGCAUGCAUAUGAAACAAUAAUCGACGUACGUGAAUAAAAAAUCUUUUUUUUCUUCAAUUUAUUCUAUUUUUAAUAACGAAAAAUAAUUCAAUUAAUUCACAAUCAGGGCUCAAACUUAGAGACGAGGGCAACAGAAAUGGAUACUACA